AUGUCAUCAGCAAAAAACCUGGAAUUGAAACUGUGGUUCUCACCCCGAUCAUGCUCCUUUGUCCCGCAUGUUGCUCUGUGUGAAGCCGGGCUUAAGGCAGAGCUCAUUCUCGCCGAAGCGGGGACGAAAGAAUUCAAAUCGCUGAAUCCAAAGGGCCGCGUGCCAGUCUUAGCGAUUGGCGAUGAUAUUAUCACUGAAAUGUCGGCCGUGCUGACUGGGAUAUCUUGGCUCGCGCCGGAGGCACAUCUCUUUGGACGAAGUCCAUUGGAGACUAUUCGUGUAUACGAGUGGCUGAAUUAUUUGUCUACCACUGCCCAUGCGCAAUCAUUCGCGAGCGUCUGGAGAACAGAGAGAUUCACAAACGACCCUGAUCUAUAUCCUUCAAUCCAGUCCCGAGGAGUAGAGAACAUCAGGGAUGUGUAUGCGCUGAUCGAGGGGAAGCUUGCAGAGAGUGAUUCGAACUAUGCAGUGGGAAGCUCUUUCACAGUUGUUGAUCCAUUUCUCGUUCUACUUUAUCUUUGGGCAGGAAGAUUGAGUAUUGAGAUGGAAAAUACCUAUCCCAAGUACACUUUGUAUGUAAAUAGUCUUUUGAGGAGAGAGUCGGUGAUUGAAGCUGGCAAAGUUCACGCGAAUCUGGGUGCAUAG